AUGGCGUCUGGGGCGGUGAGACCUAAGCUCGCGUACAUCGUGUGUUACGUCGAAGAUGUGGGCAAGUCGGCCGCCUUCUACGCCAAGGCCUUCAACUACAGCGUCCGCCGGGUCGACGACUCGCACAAGUGGGCGGAGCUGGACACCGGCUCGACGACCAUCGCGUUCACGCCGCGGCACCAGAGGGAGACGGACGCGCUCACGGGCGAGGUGCAGCUGCCCAAGUCGCUCCGUGAGCGAGGGCCCGUGGAGAUCUGCUUCGACUACGACGACGUCGACGCUGCGUACCGGCGGGCCGUGGAGAACGGGGCGGUGCCGGUGAGCGCGCCGGAGCAGAAGAACUGGGGGCAGAAGGUCGGCUACAUCAGGGACUGUGACGGGAUCACCCUGCGCCUUGGGAGCCACGUCCGCGAGUAG